AUCGUGAAAACAGAAAAUUUCUAGUUUUCCUAUUCUCAAUAGCUUUUACUAUAUCAAACAUAUCAAAAUUCACGUUUUAGACGUCUCUAAAGCGAUUUUAAGUGAUUAUUCGUUGAUUCGUUUAUUUGAACAAGUUAUUUGUAGGUGAGAUUUGAGUUUACACUUAAAGUUAAUACAGGAAUUCUGAAGCGUUUCAAACUUGUGGCAUUUUGUGAAAUAGAGAAUUUGUGUUUUUAAGUUUGUUUUUACUGAAUCGAAGCUAAAAAUUUACAUUUGGUGUUGGAAAUAUUUCUAAUGUAAUAAUGACUGUUUGUCAGCCUCGCACAUCGAUAGUAAACAAUAGCAAACGUCAGAAUUGAAAAGUGGCUAAAUAAAGAUAAUUUACUAUCAGCUUAAUCUUUGAUAAGAGUAUGCGGAAGUAUGCAAAUAUUAUCGUAAUUGUUAUAUAAACAAGGUUUGUGCUGCUUCCAACAAGAGAUCUUAGCAGUAAAGAGAAUGCAUAUUUGGUUGCUUUUGUUGUGCUGCCUUCGUUUUGCUACAGUUUGUUUAACUCUUGCAAAGAACCAUCAACAACAAUCUUGCGAUAAAAGUAGACGAGUGUUCACUGAUCUAUAUGGCGAAAUCAGUGAUGGUCCGUCUGGAUUCAAUUACACGCAGGAUUCGCAUUGUGAAUGGCUUAUUCGUGCCCAAAACAAGAAUCAGUUUAUUACACUAACUUUCAGGAGCAUGGGAACUGAAUGCUCGUUCGAUUACAUAUUUAUUUAUGAUGGCGAUUCGUUUCGAUCUCCGCUACUUGGUAGUUUUAGUGGCAAAACCGAGCCGCAAAGAGUAGUUGCUUCGUCAGGAAAUAUGCUAGUGCUUCUAUACAGUGAUACUAACUACGUAUUGGACGGAUUUAAAGCAGAGUUUUCAGUUACUAAUUGUCCCAAUAACUGUACCAAUCAUGGGAAAUGCGUUGAUCACGUAUGUAUAUGUGAUGAUAAAUGGGUUGGGAACGAUUGCAGUCUUGAUGCUUGUCCAGAAGGCUGUGGAGAAGAGGAAGGUAAAGGCGUUUGUAAAAAUGCUCGAUGCGUUUGCUCAAGCGAAUAUUCCGGCCAGUCGUGUAGUUUGCACAAAAUCCGUCCUAUUGCAAAUGAGUGGCAUUGGCUAUCAAAUUCGAAAAAUGGAUUAGCUCCGCGUGCCACACAUAGUGCAAUAUAUUAUGCUCCGACUGAUUCAUUAUACGUGUUUGGAGGUUAUAAUUUGAACAAAGUGUUGAAUAGCUUGCAUAUAUAUCGCUUGGAGAAAAGUGUUUGGGAAAACGAAUGGGGUGUAACGUUGGGAAGUGAAGAGUUGCAGUCCGUUGCUGAAAUGAAUGGUAAAGCUAGGAGAGGAAUGUUACUUUCUGAAGAAGCGAGUGAAGCACUGGGACUUAAAAGAGAACCAAAUUUCUUCAACAAUUUUAUUUAUUCUUUAGCGGAUAAUAGAACUGGCCCGUUUGGUGCAGUGUACAAUGAUAGUACUCGACCAGCCCCAAGAUUCGGACAUGCUGCGUGCGCCGUGAAGGAUGGUUUUGUAGUUUUCGGUGGAAAACUUGCAGACGGACGAUUGUCAAAUGAUUUAUGGCUGUAUAAUAUCAGUGCAGCUGGUGGAACAUGGUCGAAGAGAGCAACUAACUCCAGUUUUAAACCUCCAGCACUUACCAGACAUACGUUAACACUUGCUGACAACUAUCUGUAUGUAUUUGGGGGAGCAUUAGAAAAUGGAGAAUUUUCCUCUAGACUGUUCAGAAUAAGAUUGUAUUCCAACUCAUUCAAAGAACAAUGGGAAGAAGUUAUUCCGCGAGGUGGGAAAACUUUGGAUCUACGAACUGUAGCUCAUACCACAUCGUAUCACAAAUAUACCAAUUCUUUGAUCGUAUAUGGUGGUGUUGUGGCAGGAGUAGCACGAUUUUCGAAACUAUCAGAUCGCAUGUUUACAUUUCAAUUGGAUAAUUUGCAUUGGACUGAAAUAAUGUAUCCAAGAACGCCUUUAAGAGAUGCCUAUAUUCCUAGAGAGCGAGCCUUCCACACUACAACAAUUAAUGGAAAUUAUCUUAUCGUCUUUGGAGGUUACUCUCAUCGACACAAUAAGGAGGAAAUUUGUUAUGACAAUCAAAUGUACCUUUACCACCUAGGUUGCCACAAUUGGAUCAAUCAAGAUGUAUUGGGAACGAACAAGAAAUCUCGAUAUCCCAAACAGCAGGGUGUAUUUGCUCAUGCGGCAGCAAUAAAGAAUGGUAAUACUUUGUUCUUGGUAGGAGGAUAUCAUGGAAAUGUUAAUGGAGACUUACUUGCUUACACGUUACCACCGAUGCUAGUAGUGACCAACGACAAGACUUUUGAACCGGAAGCGGCAUGUUCGAAACAUUCUUCUGUUAUCGAAUGUUUGUCAGAUCCUGAGUGUGGCUGGUGUUCGGCAGAUAGUGUGUGUUAUGGUAGAACAAUAGGAGCUAACUGUACGACAAAUCUUCAAACAACUAGAUGCCGUGGUAUUUGUCCGUCACUUGGAGAUUGCCAUUCAUGUUUGAUUCAUGGAUCAUCCUCGAUAGGGGGUUUCAAAUCGAUAGCCAGUAAGCUAGGACUCGAUAGAUGUACGUGGUGCGUUCAAAAUGCUCGUUGUCAUCAUAAGGAUGAUAAUUACGGUGUGUGUGGAGAGGACACUCCUUCACAAAAUCCCGGCUGGUGGGGAGCUAAAGGAACUGAAAUCGAGAACGUAGAUCAAUGUACACAGAAGGAUACACGUCCAGGGUUAACAUUCUUGAAGUAUCUUGACCCAGUUAAUUGGUCCAUGCCGGAUACGGUCAUGAUUGUAAAUGCAACAAUGGUCGAUUUCAACGUUCCUUCAACGACCACUCAUACAGAACAGUUGUUUAAUGGGCAGAUUGUAGCCAGGCUUCUUGGGUUCAUCCGCCCACCAGCUGUGUGGGAAGGAGCAGGAGAAAGACUAAGAGCUUGUGCAAGUUAUUCCCAAGCUGUAUUGCAUAUGGCAAUAACAAAUAGACAGAACUCUGAUUUCUCGACCAAGAUUAUCCCUAGCGUAACUGCUAACAUAACAGCUAGUCAAACCAUUUGUGAAAUGGCACAAUGGCGGAGUCUUGAACCAUGGUUUCGAGUAAUGGUAGAUUUUCAAGCAAAACGCAAUAUAAACGUUGGCAUUCAGAGUCAUCAUCAGCAAGUCAGCAAAAUGGGACUACAGCACAGCGCAAUCAACCAAGAAAAUGCCAAAGCAUUCACGUUUGAGUUUUUGGAACCGUACUCUAAUGGUUCCUGUAGUACCUACCUCAAUUGUCUUCACUGCUUAUCGGAUUCCCUAUGCGGAUGGUGUGAAAUGACUAAUCUUUGUAUUUCACGACAGGAAAAAGAAUCAAUAAUGUGCAGGAAGGGAGAUAAUUGGCGCUAUCUAACAGUACAACCAGCACAAUGUUCCAAUUGUUCAAACUAUAUUUCAUGUGAGCAGUGUAUAAAUACUGGGCAGUGCGAAUGGUGGGUAGAAGAUGCUCGCUGUUCACGUAAGGGCCGAUCAGUGACGGCGGUUACCGAAUUGGAACAAUGUCCAGUUCCAUGUUACCUUCGAACCGAUUGCUCUGCCUGUCUUAAUGAGCGAGGGCGUUGCGUUUGGUGUGAAGCAACUAGUCAAUGUUUUAGUUUUUCAGUAUACACCAGCGAAUAUCAGUUUGGAUUGUGCCGUGAGUGGUUGGAUCAAACGAUGCCGAUUGGGAUGACACAGUCACAGGAUUCAAAUACUAGUCCUGGAGGCAACGCUGUACAAUCGACGCAACAAUGUAAGUCAUGCGCUAGUCUUCAGAACUGUUCCUACUGUUUGAGAUCGCUUAGCUGUGGAUGGUGCUAUGAUGUAGACAAUCCUAUUGAAGGAGUCUGUACGCAAGGAGAUUUCAAUCGCUCUGCCUUGGAAUGUCGAACGAUACUAAAUGUUACUACUGAUAAUGUGCGUUGGUCGUAUGCACAAUGUCCCGAUGUUGAUGAGUGUGAGUUGGGCCUUCACGAUUGCCACGAACAAGCUGAAUGUAGCAACACUCAUGGUUCGUACACAUGUCGCUGCAGGAAGGGUUAUCUAGGCGAUGGUGUACGAAACUGUAUUCAGACCUGUUACGAAACAUGUGUUUAUGGUUAUUGUUCAGGAGGACCCGAAUACAAAUGUCAGUGCGACCUUGGCUGGACGGGUAUUGACUGCAGCCGAAACUGUGAAUGCAAUAAUCAUUCGACAUGCCUACAAGGAGUAGGCAAAUGUGAUAAAUGUAUGAACUGGACCGAAGGUUUGUACUGUGAAAGAUGUAGUCCGGGAAGUUUUGGAAACGCUACAUCUGAAAUAGGUUGUCAGUCAUGUGAUUGUAAUGGUCACGGAAACGAAGUUUUAGGUAUUUGUGAUUCUCAGACAGGUGAGUGCUACUGUCAAGAUAAUACCGAAGGACUCAAAUGUGAAAUGUGCAAUCGAAACUUCUACGGUGAUCCAAGAGGUGGUGGACAAUGCUAUUACCAGUGUGAGGCUCGUGGAGUACUGACACAAGUCGGAACAGAAGGAAUAGGUUCGUAUCAAGCACACCGUUCAGCGCGAGGUGGCGCGGAAGCACGCGAAUGUUUGUGGAUUAUAAGUCCAUAUAUAAAACACGGUGUUGAAUUAAAGAACGCCAUUAUUCAGUUUGAAAUUGAGCCGCACGAUAUGAAUGUCACAUGUGGACAAAAUGCAGUGUACGUGUACGAUGGUCUGCCAGAUUUAACUGGUGUCACACCACAAAAACAAUUGUUAGCCGUGUUCUGUAGUGAAGACAAAAGUCCGUGGCUCACAGAGGCGCGAUCUGGCCAUCUCACAAUCCACUAUAAGCAAGGAAGACAUGGUCAAGGUUUCAAUGCGGUAUAUAGUGUGAUGAGUUGCAUGAUAAACACCUGUAAACGUCCUUACAUUUGCGUCGAUGAUAAAUGCGUUUGUCCGAAAGGAUUUGCUGGGCCCCGAUGUUCGUUAAAAAUAUGUCCUUCUGAUUGUAAUGCUGAAUUAAAACAAGGAAUGUGUGAUAUUGGCUAUGGACGUUGUAUUUGUGCUAGUGGUUUUGGUGGAUCCGAUUGCUCACGGCUUAUCAAGUCAUCGAAUAUAGUUUUUACGGAGUUAUUUAAUUCGUAUCUUAUUUCUGAAAGUUUCGAGCACCUGCGAAAAACUUUGCCUCGCUUUGGACACUCGUUGGUAGCUGACCGCCGGGGUUCAUUAUGGAUGUUUGGUGGAUACUCACUGUCACAUGGGGUAUUAAAUGAUAUUCGCCAGUUUGAUACCAAAAAUAACACAUGGAUGCAGGUGACCGUUGAUUCAAGUCCAGAAGAUCGAAUGCCUCAAGGACGAUACUUUCAUGCAGCAGAAAUAAUUUUCUCAAGGCAAGCAAUCUAUAUCUAUGGUGGUUUAUCUCGCAAUCAACUGAAUCAUCAAAUCUUGGACGAUUUCUGGCAGUUUGGAUUGCAGACGCAACGGUGGAGCUUAGUUAAUCAGAAAGGGGCAAAACCACCACCAUUGGCCGGUCAUACAAUGACGUCGAUAAAGGAAUCGGAUAAAGAAGUACUUUUAGUAAUCGGUGGGUUUUCAGUGGAUACUGGAAUGCAGAACAAUGUAUGGAUGUUUGAUAUAAGUUCAAGCACUUGGUCAAAAGUUCUAACAUCCGGAGCCAAACCAGUCAGUAUUUUUGGUCACAGUGCAGUGUGUCACCCUUCUGCACAGAUUCUUUAUCUGUUUGGUGGAAUUGUCUAUAUUGAUGGGAAAACAAGAGUUUCAAACAAACUGUAUGCAUUAAACUUCAAAAACCUGAAAUGGACCGAGUUACCCGUGUUUGCUAACAGGCCUUCGGACUAUAUCCCACAGGCCCGUUAUCUGCAUUCAGCAGUCACCACCGAUAGUUACAUGCUAAUUUUCGGGGGUAGACCACAGCCAGGUGGCAGCAAUGAUGCAAUGCUGGCGUAUGUUUACAAGUGCAAUCAAUGGGUUCGAUUAAACAGUGACAUUGAAAUCAUAGGGAACAGCUUUGGACAAACCUAUGCCUCAGCUAUGACACAAGAUCCAGAAAAUGAGGCAUUCUAUGCGGUUGGUGGUUGGGAUGGAAGUAGUUAUAGCCGUGUUAUAAAAAUCAAUGUACCUCAAGAUCUGUGCGAUUUAUGGAGCAGCUCCAAAUACAUAUGUAGGCAUUACAUGGGCUGUAGUUUCUGUGCCAUCAAGACUAUAGAAGAUUACAUAUCACACUGUUAUUCUGUUGGGAAUUCAGAUGUAUGUGAUGCCCAGAAUGGUACACUUUCUUUCAACAAUGGUGCACCCUGCGACGAUGAAUGGAUCUCGAAACGUAACUGCUCGUUAUUCGACAACUGUUUAACUUGUCUUGCCUCAUAUCCUGCACACUUGGAAGCAAACCCAGCUUGUCAAUGGUGUCCAGAUUGCGGAAUGUGUUUACCAUAUGAGUCGGAAUGUGAUUCCAAAACAAAAUGUGCAUCUAAUCAGACAUCCGUUAGCAUGUUGGAGAAUUGUCCGGCUAUCUCCUGCGCUGCGUCGGAUUGUGAUAGUUGUCAUUCGUUACCUAAUUGCUCUUGGACAUUUACUGGAAAACAAUACCAGUGUCAGCAGCGAAAUGAAACGGAUAGCAACAAAAAGCCAGCAGCAUGUCCGUCAAACUGUCACACGCACACAACAUGUAGCAGCUGUUUGAAUCAAUCUUCAUCAGAAGGUGGUUGGUCGGAUUGUAAAUGGUCGACACAACUAAGCGAAUGUAUCUCACCCAGUUAUCAACCCUUGUAUUGUGCUGGAAGUAUUUGCGGCUUAGUAUUAGGACCUAGGGACAUUGAACAAUGUCCAGAAUCAUGCGGUACAUUUUUGCAAUGCGCUACAUGUUUGCGACACGCACACUGUGGGUGGUGUUCUCGAAACAGCACAGAAGGAGAUGGUGUCUGUACCGAAGGAUCUUUAGAUAGCCCCUUCGAUUAUCCAGCAGCUUCGACAUGCGAUGUGAUUUAUAAAAUAAAAAAUCAAAUCAUCAAUAUUGAUCCGAGUGAUCGAUUCAGUUGGAACUAUGUAAAAUGUCCUCCGGAAAAUGAAUGUGCAAAUAGGCAUCACAACUGUAAUGUCAAAUCGGAGCGUUGUGUUGACUUAUUACAUGGGUAUGAAUGUCAAUGCGCUGAGGGAUACCGAACUGAUUCAUCUGGUGUGUGCGUUCCUGUUUGCAAACAAGGAUGCGUUAGGGGUUCCUGCAUAGAACCGGAUAGAUGUGAAUGUGACUUUGGAUAUGUGGGUGUUAAUUGCAGUAUACAAUGUCAGUGCAACGGACACUCCAAAUGUGCCGGACCAGAUCAGCUUGAUAAAUGUUUAGAAUGUCAUAAUAACACACUUGGAGAACAAUGUGAAAAGUGUAUGCCAUUUUUCGUUCGGGAUCCGCGUAACAAUGGCGAGUGCAUUCCUUGUUCAGAGUUCUGCCAUGGACACACGGACCUGUGUGUUUCCAGAGAAAUGGAACCAAUCGUUCAUAAUAUGAGUCGUGCGGAUUUGACAAAAUUUCUAACAGAAGGGCCUCAAUCUGACGCCUUAUGUUUGCGCUGUGAAAAUUUCACAGACGGAGAUCGUUGUGAUAGUUGCUUGCCAGGAUAUUUCCGUGGUGCUACCAUAGCAAGUGACCCUUGCCGACCAUGUCAAUGCCACGGACACGGAGACAUGUGUGACCCGGUGACUGGUGAAAAGUGUAACUGCGGUAACAAUACAGAAAGUGACAAUACUUGUUCGGCCAAGGGAAAGAAUCUGGCUUACAGUUGCUGGUCGAUGCAAUGCACCAAAUGCAAAGACUCCUACUCAGGUCAUCCAUCCAACGGGCAUCAAUGUUACAAACACAUAACUGUGGACUCCAGAAUGUGCUUCGAUGCAAAAUCGAUUGAUGAAUGCAAAAUUAAGCCGCAACCUUUGAAACCUGGCCAAACAGUAUUUUUUGUCAUACAACCGCGUUACAUGAAUGUAGAUAUUAGGUUCAUGGUGGACGUGACACAAGGUGAAUUAGAUUUCUACAUGAGUCCCAACGACGAAUCGUUCGUAGUGCAAUCAAAUAUCAGCUCCGGACAUCACGAUAUCUACCUGGAUAGUCGUUAUUCGUGGCUACACGAUGUUGUUGAUAUUAGUUCAGUGGACAGUUUAAAUAUUUAUCCGCUGAAUGUGAACAGAAACUACUCGGAGAUCAACAUGGAUCCUCCGUUGCCUAUAGGUUCUAUAUCCAAUUCACACUGUCGGAUGGAUACUGAAAAAUAUUUCUAUGUCAAAGAUCAAUUUGCAAAAGAUCUGAUUACUUAUGUGACACUGCAUCAGUGUAACUCACUUCUUAGAGUCUUUGGAUUGAAGAACCGUCUGGUAGUAACAUUACCACAUACUAUCCAUUCCUUAGGACAGACUAAAUUCUACAUAGCGUUGCGAGCGCGAGCUGCAUCUACGGCAAGCUAUGGAUUAGUAUUUUUCCGUCAGGAUCAGUUGCAUAUCCAUUUGUUUGUAUUCUUCUCCGUAUUUUUCUCAUGCUUCUUCUUAUUCCUUGCGAUUUGUGUUUUAGCUUGGAAAGCGAAACAAGCAGCCGACAUGCGUCGCGCUCGUAGGCGCCAUGUGGUUGAAAUGUUGCACAUGGCAAAACGUCCGUUUGGCCGUAUAAAUUUAUCACUGGAAAGCCCCAGUGAAACCCCCGCGAGUCACCGUAGACGUGGGCGGAGUAAACACUCAUCAUUAGUACAGCAAGACAUUGCACCUGUUGCGUUGGAACCAACGUCAGACAAUGUGGCUGCUGUCGGAACAGUAUUCGUUCGUCUUCCAGGUAAGCACAAAUCGCAAGUUACGUUAGCACUAGCAUCGUCGUUGGUAGUGCUAUUAAGAAAUCAAACUACGUACAAUCGAGCCUUCCACCGGCGGAGAGGCUCGUCUCAUCAUCAAGCUCAAAAUUUACAGCAACAACUGCAGCCUUUGCAGCAACAACCGGUUCCGCCCAUAUUUAUUGAUGUGCCCCAUGAGCAGGUACCGCUGCAACCAUUGGCACUGAAUAGGUUGCAAUAACUUUAGUAGAUACAAAAUUAAGACUUAGUGAGGACUUAAUUAUUUUGAAAAAAUGACGACGGUAAAAGGAAUAAAGUUCCUAUAUCAUUGACCAGAUAUGGUCAAUUUUUCCAAAACCGCCAGGUGCACAAGUUUAAAAUGUUCUUUGUUUUCGUAAAAAUAACCGAGUAUUUAAAAAGGAUGGCGAAAUAUUUUGUGUUCAAAGUAUUAGCUCCAAUCCAUAUUUUUGCAAUUGAUGGAUACCAUCUCAAAAAAAUCUUCAUCUUUGACAACCAUUCAUCGAGCCAUUUUCGUACAUCCCCAUAUGUUUGAAAGUAUUGCUCAGUCAGUGCAUGUCCUAUCGAUGAAAAUCGGUGAUCAUUAGAAAGAACCAAAUCUUACGAAUACAGCGGGUGCGGUAGAAUUUCGCAGAUGUUCAUGCUGCAGAAUGACCCGAGCGUGUGUCUUAGUGCCCGUUCUGGUCGUUUUCCGAUUAUUGUGUUGAUUAAAUUGAUUAUUUGUUGAUGGUAGCGGAUGAUAUUAACUGUUUCACCGGACUUCGAAAUAUACUGCUUCUUUCUGAUUGCACCGCUCACGUAGCAUUAUCUUUUUCUCAAAUUACUGCGAUCUUGGUUGUCCGGGCAUUACCCAUGAUUUUUUGAAUUUCGGAUUCUCAAAAUAUCAAUCUUUCGUCGUCAGUUGCAGUGCGAUGCAAAAAACACUUUCGUAGCGAACGACAGAUGGAAAAGCAAAAAAACUCAGUGCGAAAUGAUCUUUUUACACUACAAAAGAGUUUUAUGCAUUGCAUUGCAACUAUAUUGUCAGUUAAUUUUCGUUUAUAGUCCACUGGAUUUUUUUUUUCACUGGACUAGAAGCGAAAACGUCUAGUCGCCAAAAUACGAAUAAAAACUCGAAUUUUCACCACACUAACACGAUACAACGUGCUCAUUCGUUUAGAGUUGUCCCAUGACUCUCAGCUGAUCGGAAAUGGCUCGUUACCAAGUGACAUUCUUCUGCUUCGCCAUCAUUUGACGUUUUUGUGCAUCAUUUUCAUCCAAUAGUGAUCAUAGUUUGCCAUUUUCGAUAACUUUUCUAAGUCGUUUUCAUUCGAUUAAACCAGAAAAUAAUAACAUUCCAAAAAUUUUGUUUAUUUGGUUCGAAAUUAGGCUUGUUUAACACGAAUUAAACCAAGUAACAAAUAUGACGUUUUGAAGAGGGGGGGGGGGGCAACCAUCAAUAUAGCACCAUCUGCUGCCAACAAAACAACUUUUUAAACUUGCGCACCUGGUAAAUCGAGUAGUUACCUUGACAGUUUGAUUCAUAGUAUUUUUUUGUUUCAAUUAUAGAGGGUUUAACCUUAAAGUCAUUCGUCUCUUCGGGUCAGAAAAGCUUUCUGACCCUACGUGCGGGAUUGGGAAUCGAACCCAGGUGGGCUGCGAGAAAGGCAUCGACUAACGCAACACGCUAUACCCGUCCCCUAAAUCCAUACUAUUUUUCGUUUUCACUAUUCUCAUUUACAAAAUUAUUCGAACUUUAUAGUAGAUGAACUCGAUUAUCUGCCCUGCUGAGUUUUUUUUAGUUACUGCAAACGUACUUUUUUCGCUAGGCAAAGUAACCAUUGUGUAAAGGGCAUUUUGUUUUCUCGUCGUUUGAGUCGAGGAAUCAAUCCAUCGCCUAAGGGCCAAUUGCGAGCGUACACUAUACCCAAGUAACAAUUCGAAUGCCUAAUGGUUUUGAUUGUAAUUUAUAGGAGUUUUGUAAUUGAUUUUUCAAUCACUACCUGUUUUAUGACGACUAUAAUAAAUGUCUCUUUUGACAAGUAAUAUCAUAGUUCUUAAAGCUUCUAUAAAACUUUUUACCCAGACUAACAACUGGACUAAAAAUAAAACAAUGUGUACUAGAAUAAAACCAUGCAAACACUCUUAAUAUUGCUUUCAAACAUUUUCUUUAAAACAUUAUUGUCAGUUAAAUUCAUUCAUAAAUCUAGUUUUGUGUGUGUGCGUGCUCAUUGGAUGGCAGUUUCACUCAGAGCAAAUUUGAGGGUUCUAAAGUAUAUUUAUGACACAUUUGUUGUGGGCUAUUUGAUUUAUUGUUUCUUGGGUUGAGCGUAAUUUGCAUUAAAGAAAAUUUCAUGGCCGCCAUUAUGAUGUCCUAUACCGUAGCAUUUAUUGACAUCAAAUAUACUUCGAAAUGCAAAAACGAAUAAAAAUGAUGGGCUUUAAUGAUUCAUUUUCAGAACGUAUACACAAGUUUUAAUGUUACGAAAUAGUUUUAUACAAAAAUGACGAAGAAUCACAAAAAAUAAUUUUUAAAAAUCAUGGAGAUUUUCGCAAAAACUGCAUUUAUUUCAAGGCGAUUAGUUAUAAUUCUUAUUUUUACCCAAACAUUCACGAUAAAAAUAAAAGCGCAUGAAGUUUUUACGUUCGGAAAAAACCUCAAACUUGUAAAUAAAAUCUAAUAUAUUCUUACUGGUUGCAUUCAAAGCAGACAUGACACACACAUAGUUAUGAAAAAUAUUAUCAAAACGACAAUUUAUUCAUAGCGGAAUUCAUUCCUUCCGAAUAAUUUAAAUGUUGAUCGUAAAGCUGGUUUCAAAAUUUUCUUGAAUUUGGAGUUUUAACACAGGUUUAUGCUAAUUCUUCACUUUGCUUUAUAAACCUUAUGAAGAAUGGUCCACUUGGCAGGAACAUGCUCUUAUAGAGGUUUUCAGUAGGAUUUCGUGGAGUUUAAAGUUUUAAUGCAAGAUUUAUUAUGUAGCAUUAAAGACAGCUACAAGUAUUUAUUAAUAUUAAAAUUGUUACUUGGGUAAUGAGCUGUGAUUUUUUCAAUCAAUAAUUUUUUUUCAACUAAUUGCAAGAUUGCGUGGCACAUACUAAAUUGGUGCAGACAUGCGGCACAUCUUCUCCCUAUAGAGGCAUCACAAAGAUCACUUAAAAUUUAGUUUUAGAAAUAUAAUGCUUUUAAUGAUCAUUAGGUGUGUUAAACUAUUUUUUGUACAAAUGUAAUUGACGAUUUACAAUCAAAGACAAUUAUUUAUAGACAAAAUAUUAGCAAGACAAGCAGUUUCAAUUAGACAUUUAAGGUGAUCGAUCUCGGGAUGGAUGAGUGCUGUAAAUAUGAUUACUAGAGAGAGGGAGAGAGAAAAGUGUGCAAUUAAAAGUUACUAUUUGAACUAUACUAAAACAAGAUAGUACAUUUCCAUACAUGUAAAAAUUAAAUGAAAAAAUGAGACUUAUAGAAGGGCAUCCGUGUACCGAUGACUGUCCAACAGAUAUUGAUUCUUAGAAUAUACUAUAGCGCGUCGUAAAAAAACAAUAUCUGUAAAGUGUAUAAAAACGAACGACGAAUUAUUUUAGAAUAAAAUAGGAAAGGUGUUGUGUUUUCUUGUAUUAGUUUUAAGAGAAUCUCAAGUUA